AUUGAGAUAGACUUUCAUUUUGUUAGAGAGAGGGUGGCUCACAAACAACUUGACACUCGUUUUGUGCAUUCCAGUGAUCAAAUUGCAGGUGGAUUCACAAAAGCAUUGCCGUUCAAGAGCUUUGAAAACUUCAAGUAUAUUCUCAACUUAAUGGAGUUGUGAUUAAGGAAGGGUGUUAAACACAUCAAUAUCUACAUGGCUGGCGGAUAUCUUCAUGAGGUGCAUCUGGUUAGGUAGUUAGAGUAUAAUGUUUAUCUCUUGUAACUCUUAUCUCUACCUCCUUUCUUCCUCUCCAAGAAUGUAAUCUCAACCCCAUGUAUGCGCUGUUAUGGGAGGUGCGCCUCAUCUAUAUAACACGAAGCCGUCGGCCUGAGAAGGCAAGACGUUCCGCUAGUUCGCACAGAGGGCACCAGCAGCAAUGACUGCUACACAGCCGGACAUGGAAUUGCAGAAGGAUCAGAGGCAUCCUCUUUUGUCCAACAGAACUGAUGGCACUGACAACAUGAGCCCCGUGCAGAAAGCAAUCAGACAGGCAUACCAGAGCACCGGGCACCUCGCCAAACUCCUUCCAUCAGGCACCGUGCUUGCCUUCCAGCUGCUGGCUCCAACCAUGGCUAAACAAGGCCACUGUGGUGACUUGGAUCGGAUGAUGAUGGGAGGGCUUGUGGUGCUCUGUGCACUCUCGUGCUUUGUUGUUACCUUCACAGAUAGCUUCAGGGAUGAGAACGGAAAGGUACAAUACGGGUUUGCCACGUUCAAGGGAUUGUGGGUCAUUGAUGGUGGAGUUACUCUUGAUCCACACGCUGCGGUUGAAUAUAAGAUGACAUUUCUAGACUUUUUCCAUGCAGCUGUCUCAGCAGUGAUUUUUGUUGCAAUCGCCCUAUUUGACCAGAAUGUGGCAUCUUGCUUUUAUCCAAUACCAUCAGAGGACACAAAGCAAGUUCUCACAACAUUGCCAGUUGCUAUUGGAGUUAUUGGAAGCAUGCUGUUUGUUAGCUUCCCAACCACCCGCCAUGGCUUUGGCUUCCCAGUCUCUCCACAGUACCUGGGUCUUCAAAAGAUUUGUUUGCUCUAA